CCCCCCCUCUUUUGUCACUCAGGACUCUGGUAGCAGACAAAGGAGACUCCAUGGUCCAGUGUGCCGACUUCAGGAGCUGCCUGCCUACCCACGAUGCACCUGUGUCCUCGGGACCACUGGCUGUUAUGCAGGGACGCAACCUCAACGCCGGGCGGCUGGCGUCCCGCCUCUCCUCCACCCCCCACCACCUACAGCAGAGCAUGACGCUGGCCUUCCUGGAGAACCAGCUGACGUCGGCUCUGACGCUGCAGUCGGCGGCGGAAUACCGUCACUGGCUGCUCAUCUACGCCCGCUUCCUCGUCAGCGAAGGCUCUGAGAAUCGUCUCCGAGAACUCUGCAAGGAGCUGCUGGGUCCCGUCCACAAAUCAGCCGCCACGGCGUGGGAGCCCAGCACGCUGGGCCUGCGGAAGCGCGAGCUGCUGCGGGAGGUCUUACCCGUCAUGGUGGAGAACCUGAGGUUCCAGAGACUGUUCACCGAGUACCAGGACCAGCUGGAGCUGCUGCGCACCAAAUAACACACACACACACAGCUGGACUCAUCGUGAACUCUGACCCCUCGUGUCCUCAAUGGGGCGAAAUACAACAACACACACAAUGCUGCUGUUGUUGUUGUGAUGAACUUUGAGACAGUCGCUUCUCAGAGGGAAGAAGUGGUUGUUCUUCUUAUUUCAAUCUCACUUUGGGGUGAAAGAAUUAAAUCUCCAGGAUGUUGCUGAUUUAAUGAACGAGUUCAUCGCUCUGCAGAGUGGAUCCAACUUCAUCUGUACGGCCAUUUUUGUUCGUUUUUAAAUGUUUGUACAAGGCAAACUUUUUUUUCAACUUUCUAAAAGAACAGAAAUGUGCAGAACUUUUUCUUUCAAAGAAAUAAAGUAAACAAACAGUG